UGUGUCUUCUUAGUGCUUCUAGGCCUUGCCGCUCUGCUCCUGCUGCGGAAGAGCACGCCCAGCCCCUUAGAGAGAUGUUUUGAGGAUCCAGAAUAUGAGGGGCUGCUGGAUAUUGCUAAGGAUGGGCUGGGCAAAACUGAAGAACCGAGACGGAUUGCGAUUGUGGGAGCCGGAGUUGCUGGACUUACAGCUGGGAAAGUGCUGCUGGACGCUGGACACAAGGUGACAAUUCUAGAAGCCAGCAGCUGCGUGGGAGGCAGGAUGGAGACUUACCGUGAUCCCGAGGGGGGCUGGUAUGUAGAUUUGGGCCCGAGGCGCCUGCCUUUCAGCCACAGAAUUGUCCGGGAAUAUGUUGCAAAAUAUGGCCUGAAAUUAAACCAUUAUUCAGACGGCAAUGGCAACGCCUGGUACCUGGUGAACAAUAUCCGAGCCAGAGUCAAAGAGGUGGAGAAGGAUCCAGACAUUCUGGGAUACCCUGUAGAUCCCUCCGAACGUGGGAGGUCUGCUGUGGAGCUGUAUUACGAAGCGUUGAAACCGAUAGAAGAGGACUUGGUGAGAUCAAACUGCAGCCAUGUGCUUGAAAAAUACGAUGCCUAUUCUCUCAAGGCGUAUCUGAUCAAAAAGGGAAAUCUAAGCUACACAGCCAUCCGAAUGAUUGGAGACCUGAUGAACCUGAGCGCGGAGUUUUCCCGCAGUUUCACUGAAUUCCUCCGAGAAGUUUUCCUGUUUACCCGUGAAAAGAGGUACGAUGAGAUCGCUGGCGGGUUCGAUAUGCUGCCCAGGGCUAUUCACCAGUCGCUCCCAGCUGGCACCGUGAUGCUCAACAGUACCGUGACAGAGAUUCUCAGAGAAGGGGACACAGUUUCGGUGCUCUACCAUCCUUCCAGCUCCCUGGCCUCGUCAGGCACCAUCCUGGCUGACUACGUCAUCGUCACGUCCACGGCAGAGGCCACACGCCUCAUCCGCUUCCACCCUUCCCUCUCGCCUGCCAAGACCCAGGCGCUCCGUUCUCUGCGCUCCACAGGAGCCACCAAAGUGGCCUUGGCCUGUGCUAAGAAGUUCUGGGAGGAAGAAGGAGAAGAGAUCUACGGUGGAACCUCCAUCAGUGACCUGCCCUCCAGGAUCACCACUUACCCCAACCGCAACUUCUCCAGCGGCCUGGGGGUCAUCCUGGGCUCCCAGACUUACGGGGACGACUCGGAGUUUUUCGCCCCCCUCAGCCCCCAACAGGCUGUCGAGGUGAUUCUGAGGGACUUGUCCACUAUCCACCAGCGCCCCCUGGAAGAACUGAGGCGUCUUUGUAGCCGCUGGGUGGUCAAAAAAUGGAACCUGGACCCCCACGCCAUGGGGGCCUUCACCCUCUUCAGGCCUUACCAGCUGAGCGAACACGCCGAGGCCCUCGCCCGGAAGGAGGGGAGGGUCUAUUUUGCCGGAGAGCACACGGCUUUGCCACAUGGUUGGAUUGACACGGCGAUGAAAUCAGCCCUGAGGGCAGCCAGGGAUGUCCACCGGCAUGCAGGGGCACAGGGCUGUGGUCAACAGACAGGCAUUUUUGAUGAUCAAGGAGAUGGCUCGGAGGUUUGUAAACCUCCUUGAUCCGUUGUAAGGCUAUGCCGCCUUUAAAAAUUCAGGAGCAGUGAGUAAAUAAAGGUGACUCAUCUGAA